AUAACCAUCCUCUUUCUUGCUCUCAAAGCCAAAGCCAAAGCAAAACUCCAAUUCUCGGAUCACCCCCACGCCGGAGAAGAAAAAAAAUAUUCCGGCGACGCCAAAGAAUCAUAUUUUAACGAUUCCCUUUCUUCACUGCUAAGCUUUGUACUCGGAUCUCCUCUUUUCUCACGAAACCCUAAGCAGAAAGCGAGCUCCUUUGUGGCAACCAGACGUCAUUCCUUGCUUAAUUGAGGCUACCGUGAAGUGAAAUUUGGAAAAUUUGUGGUAAUUUUUGCGAUAUAUGGGGUUUUUUGGAGGCGGGGGCGGGCCGGGGUUUCGCGGCGAAGGUCGGUGAUAAUUGAGAUUUAAUUGUUUGAGAAUUACGAUGCCGUUCCCAAUGAAGAUACAGCCGAUCGAUGCCGAUGCCGAGGUCAGCAUCGAUCAAGCGAAGCCGGUUGUCAAAUCGAGAUUCAAACGCCUGUUCGAGCGUCAGCUGACUCGGAUCUCGUCGUCGGAGAAGCUCGCCGGCGGCGACAUCGAACCGAGCUCCGUCGUUCUCGACAAAAUGGUUAGAAACUUCAUGGAGGGAACCAACAACGAGAAAUCGAGCAUCCGGAACCGCUGUAAUUGUUUCAAUGGUAAUUUCGAUGGAAGUCCUGAUGGCGAUCUCGAGCUUGCCGUCGAAACUCCGGUCAAUUACCCCGCUGACGCCGGCGAGAUCCUCAAGGGGUUGGUUGUAUGCGCGAGCGUUAUUGAGCGAAAUCUAGCGGCCGAUGCAUCGUCGAUCAUGGAAAAGAGGAAUUCAUCGUCGAGAGGAAAAGGAGAACCUAGAGAGAUUUUGACCGAGGCUCUUCGAUCCCUCGCGACCUACGAUGCUGCCAUCUGUAAUCUCGCGAGAAAACCCCAUCGUACCCCGCUGGCGAGCACAAGUACAUCGACGUGAUUGUCAACGGCGACCGGAUCAUAAUCGACGUUGACUUCAGGUCGGAGUUCGAGAUCGCUCGGUCGACGAAGAGCUACCGUGCGCUGCUCCAGUCUCUGCCGUCGAUCUUCGUGGGGACUACCGAUCGAUGUGGCCGAGAUCGUCACCGUGGCUCUCCGCAAGCCGGCGAAGGCGAGCUGCUGAAGAAGAAGGCUACACUUCCCGCCAUUGGCGAAUGCCUGAAUACAUGAGAGCGAAGUGGCUCUCGCGUCGAGAGGGAGACACGUGGCGAGGUGUCGGCCUUUGAUUUGGAGGUGGAGCCGAGGGGCGGAAGAGGAGACGGUUGACGUGGCAGCCGCGCGGUGAGGCCGAAGAAGAGUUCGAGCGGGACGAGAGUUGUGACUGGGCUUGCUGCGGUUCUUCGAGCCUAAAUUUUGUUUUGGUUUUUUUUUUCUUUAAAUUUAAUUUUAUUUUGUUUAGGGUUUUUUAGUGCGAGAAUAUGUGUAACUUGUAGAGUAGAAAUUGAGAUGAGCUUUGUUAAUAUAGCGUUAUGGUAUGUCGAGAAUAAAAGAUUGUUCAAUGGUUUGUUGUUGGAAUUA